CCUUCACCAGCGCCAUCGGCCCUCGCUGCAGGGCGGGACUUGCCCGCCAGGGCUUAUAUCCUCGAGCUGCCGGCCGGAUAGGCGUUGGCCAUCUCUUCCGACUCUAGCAAUCCGAUCGUGGCCAAGGACAGGGACUCUGUACUGGCCAAGAGACCUGCUGCAUCAGAUCAGCGCUCCAUCCAGCAUCGCAUCUCCCCGAUCCACCCCUCGUAAAUGAAGUUCCUCGCGCUCGCCGUGUCGCUGGCGCUCGUCCUGCCGAACUUUGUCGCCGCCCUCUAUUCCCUCCGCGACCCGGUUCUCCAGUUGAAUCAAGGCAACUUCAAGUCCGAGGUUCUUGAGUCUGAGCAUGUCGUUAUUGUCGAGUUUUAUGCCCCAUGGUGUGGACACUGCAAGAAUCUGGCUCCCGAGUACAAAAAGGCCGGCGAGAAACUGAAGGGUCUCGCCAAGGUCGCAGCCGUUGACUGUGACCAGCACAAGGGUCUCUGUGGCCAAUAUGGCAUCCAGGGCUUCCCGACGAUCAAGGUUUUUGGAGCCAACAAGAAAGCGCCCCUCGACUACCAGGGACAGCGAACUGCCGGCCCGAUCGUUGAUUAUGUCGUCGGAAAGAUUCCCUCCUUUGUCGAAAAGAUUGGCUCUGGCGACAAGCAGAAAUCAUACGAGUCGUUUAUCGAGGAGAACGCCGAUAUGCCCAAAGUUAUCCUGGCCUCAAAGAAGGCCGCCACGCCACCACUCUUCAAGGCCCUCUCUGUCGAGUACCACCACCGCCUGAGCUUUGGCGAGAUCCGCUCGACAGAGUCUGAGAUUCUCGCCAACCUUGACGUCACCACAUUCCCUUCAGUUUUGCUGUUUGCCGCCAACGAGCAAACGCCUGUGGUUUACGAAGGUCCCAUGAAACACGCCGCACUCUCCGAGUUCUUUGAAAAGUAUGCGCUGCCGCCCAAGAAGAAGCCAGCCAAGAAGCCCCAGGGCUCGUCUUCCUCCAAGAAAAAGCCCACCGCCACCCCAACACCCGAACCUGUCGCCAAAUUUGAUCCCACCAUCAAGGAGAUCAAGUCGCAGGAGGACCUUGUGGAGGUAUGCCCUCCCGAUGCUGGCACCUGUAUCAUCAGCUUCUUUGUUCUCGAACCCGAGUAUGAAGAGAGCGUCGCCCAGCACAAGGGCCAUCUGGACACAAUCGUUGCCGUAAAGAAGCACCACCACGUCAAGAACCUCCCGGCCAGCUUCGGAUGGGUCAAUGUUGCGGAGCACGGCAAGAAGCUGAUGUCUGAUUUUGACGUGAGCGACAUGCUGCCUGGACUUUUGGCCAUCAACCGACGACACAACGUCUACCAGAACUUCCGAGGAGCCUUUGAAGAGGCUGCGGUCGUGCGUUUCCUGGAGGACAUGCGAAUUGGCCGCGGACGGCUUUCCAAGUUCUCUUUUGAGCUCCAGCUGGACAAGCAGCGGGAGAAGACUGAGCUGUGAUAGGCCAUCAAGCCUCCGCUUGCGUGCGAUGACAUACUCACAGCAAGUGCAAGCUCGGCAGACACUGCACAAAUGUCCUAUCGUGGCUUGGCUUGACAUGGAUUAGC